AUGAAAUUCUUGAGCGACAAAGAUUCGACCGAAGAGGAUAUGAAAGAGAUUGAGGAUGCGGGAAAAUUGAGAGCGGAUGCUAGAAAGAUUGUGAAAAAGCUUGACGAGAAAUUGUGUGAGAAUAACGUUACCUCCGUUGUGGAAUCAAGUGCUGGGUCAACGUCGAAUGAGUCAGUAACGACUGCGAGUAAAGUCCGAGCCAAGUUACCGAAAUUGGAAGUUAAAAGAUUUAAAGGGAACGUGUGCAAAUGGCAAGAGUUUUGGGACUCGUUCGAGAGUUCAGUACAUUUGAAUGACGGUUUAUCUGACGUAGAUAAAUUUAACUACCUUCGAGGGCUUUUAGAAGAGCCAGCAAAGUCAUGUAUCACGGGAUUUUCGUUGACUGCGGCGAGUUACAAGUCGGCUGUUGAUAUUUUAGAGGAACGUUACAGGAAAAAGUCAGCCGUGCAACGUGCACAUAUGCAGCAGUUGAUGAAAACCGAGUGUGUUAAAGAUGAGAAAGAUCUGGUGUCACUGCGACGUUUAUGUGAUUGUGUUGAGACGCACUACAGGGGUUUAGAGGCGCUGGGUAUCGAGAAAAAUACGUAUUCGUCAAUCGUUGUGCCUCAUAUAUUGGAUUGUUUACCCGAGUCUGUGCGGUUAAUCAUCACAAGAGAAAAGGACUUCCACAAGUGGGAUGUAGAGAAUCUACUAGAGCCCUUGAAAAGGGAGAUUGAAUUGCGUGAAGAACAUCGCGAGCCAGAGCGCAAGGGUAGUCGAGAGUUUGUCGAAUGCUCAAGCUGGAAAAGAAGUCCUUUGUCGGCCCAAGCUUUACUCACGAAGUCAAGAGUAGAAGCCUGCGCUUCCUGUUUGGGUAUACAUCACCAUGAAGACUGCAAUCGAGUGAACAGUAAGGAGAAACGUAAGGAACUUUUAGUAAAGUACUCUCGUUGUUUUAACUGUUUGAGAAAGGGCCAUUUGGCACGUAAUUGUAAUGUUAAAGUUAAUUGUAAUACUUGUAAAGGGGAGCAUCACACUGCUUUGUGUGAUCAGGGAAAGGUACAUAAAAGUAAGCCCAAGGGACCUGAGGCAGAUGGAGGGGAUAGGGAGGUAAGCACCAUGUUAAUUGUAAGUCCAGAAAAUAGUAUAGUUUCUAAGUCUUGUUCUAAAGUUGUGUUGCAGACGGCUCAAGCAAUGUUGGUUGGCAAGAAAAGCGGUCGUGUGAGAGAUUGA